AUGGCAGUUGUCCGAUCUAGAUCGACUGAUGACGAUCCCUCUCCAGCGGUUCUGCGAUUCUCUCCGCUACGUGACCCGGGGCUACUGCUGCCGCCCGCAGCUUCUGAACUCCCAUUGGAUCAUCAUCAAUCUCAUACUGAUGCCGCCACUGCCGCAAGUUCUCCCAGUGGCGUAAGUGGCGCUGUUCUCUCGCCCGCGCAUCGUUUCUUGGGGGAACACUGCCGCGGAGGCAACCUUCCGCAAUCGCCCCUCGGCGGAAAGUUUCGGCGGAGACAUAGGCCCCCUGGCGCGCACGAGAUUCUCUUCCGCGCGGAUUCUCCGCCUGCCGCGGGGAGUCCCCUGAGCCGCGCAGUUCACACGCAGAGCCCGCUGGCGCGCACGAGAAUCUCAUCCCCGCGCACGCAAAGCCCGCGCAUCUUCCCCGGGAGUCCCCGCGCCACUGUCCCCUUUAAGGCAGCUCACCACCAUCACGCGCGGAACGCGCGUCCCGCGCACGCCCUCUUCGUGCCCGACAACCCGCUCCUGGCGGAAAUCUUCUCCCCGCAUUCCGCCUCCGCGGGGCCCUGGGCGCGCGCGUUCGCGGAGUCGUCACGCGCAAGCGUCACUCCUAGGGAGACCGCGCGGCCGCUUCCGGCGGACUUCUCCGCUGCGCGCAUUCCGGGGGAGACUCCGCCGUCGCUGGCGUGCGACAUUCCGCCCACGUUCUGGGAACUCCCGCGGGCGCGGGACGAACCCCCGCCGAAAAGCAUUGGCGUUUUCGCGCGGCUGUCGGUGCUGAAGCAACAACCGCCGCCGCAUCCCCAGCCGCAGCAGCAGGGUUCUCUGCAAGGGACCCAAACUGAACAAUGCAGGAGUGAUGAUCUGUCAGAUGGUGCGACGUCACUAAAGCCGGGCGUUAUUCGUCGCUGGCGCAGCUUCGGGCGGCGGAGCGCGGGCAGCGGAAGCAGCAGACGUCACACCGAGUGCCACGUGGAUGUAGAGGCGAGCGGCGCGGGUGGGAGUAAGAGUGGCGCUAGUGGGAGGAAGAGCGAAUUUAGUGGAAAUUCAUCUAUAAAGGAGACAGUGCGGAGCCGGAUAGACAUAGGUCAACCCCUCCGCCUGGUUCGGAGUUUGUCUGCUCGUGUGGCAGAGCGAAUAGAGGGUAGGACAGUCCGGGAAACUGGCAAUGGCGGGUUGGAUCCAGACAAUGUGGUAACCUGUCGGGGAAUGCCCAUACCUAGGCACGAAGCUGAGGCUAAAAGAGAACGAGGUAAUCGGCGGGGGAAGCGAGUGUCGAAGUCAGGCCCGUUGACGCCGAGCCGCAGGACGGGUGGAGAGGUUCGGCAAGGGAAGCAGGGGCAGGGGUUCGAGGGUGGAGAGAAGGUUGGAUGCAGCGGGACCAGAGAAACGCUAGCGGGAGCAGUGGAUGGUAUAGGUUGUGGUUGCCGUUAUUGCAGCGAUGCCGUUCCUGCGUCAGCAGCUGGUGAUGCGUCUGCUGCUCUUCACCAAGAGUUUGGGGUCAAUGAAGAGGUGAUGGCGGUCAUAGGAGGUGAGGAGGAAGAGGCAUGUCAGUCAGGGUCGUCAUUCUUAUCGCUGGUGGCAGCAGCUGUGCAGGGAGCAGGGAGGUUGGAUGACGCGGAUGAGACCGUUGCGUCCUAUUGCAGGACAUAG